CGCGACUUUCACCGCGCGCCUCAGUCGCCGCCUGGAGCCGAGCGCCGCGCACGCGCACACAGUGAUGCGCCGACAUGGCGGACGCCGAGCGAGCCGACACGUACGACGCGCGCGCCACCACCGCCACCGUCUCCAGCCUCAAGUCCGAGGACUCCACUGAACAGUUGAUAUGUAAAACCCCGCAGAAGAAAGUUAACAAAGUGAAAAAAGACAAGAGUGUAAGUUCUAAGAGUGUGGAAGCGGGCAGUGAUGAGCCGCCUCGCAGGCGCCUCGUGGUGUUCCUGGGGCUGGCGCAGGUGGUGCUGGGCGCGCUGCUGGUGGGCGCGGGCGCGCUGGCCGUGGUGAAGGGCGCGGCGCUGUCGCGCGUGGGCGCGGGGCUGUGGGCGGGCUGCGUGGCCGUGGUGGCCGGCGUGGUGGGCGUGCUGGCCGGCAUCAACGACUGCUACGGCCUCAACGCAGGAGCCAAUGGGAGUCCCCUGCUGACGGCGUUCCUGGCGCUGUCGCUGCUGUGCCUGGCGUGCGGCAACAGCGCGGCCGUGCUCGCCGCCACCGGCCUGCAGCGCGACUCGCUGCGGCAGCCCACAGCGCACGCCAGCUUCGAGGAUGAGAUGGAAGCGUGGACGCCUGUCCUCACAAACAUCGCGCUCCUGAUCAUCGCGAGCGUGCACUGCGUGGUAUGCAUCAUCAGCAUCGCGCACGUGGCCAAGCGCGUGUGUCCGUGCCUGCGCCCCAAGCAGCCCUUCGACCACAACCAGUUCGAGCCGGGCGCUCCGCCCCACCAGCUCGUCAUCAAGGUGGACGAUGUGGCGUACGCUCAGGAUGCCGAGAGAGCGAGGCAUCAUGAGCUCUGUAAGGAGUUAGAGGUUAAACUGCAGGGGGAUACCAUGAAGAAGAAGAAGGAGGAGCCAGAGUUCGGCAGCGCGAACAGCAAGGAGAAGCUGGUAUCCCGCUGGCUGGGACGGCAGCAGACACCGGCGGGCCACGGCACAGCCACGGGGCCCGCUGUGUCGGCUGGGGCCCCGGCGGUGCUGGUGGGCCCGCCCCCCGCCGCGCGCCGCCGCGGCGUGCGCAAGCCGAGGAAGCCGCCGCCGCUCGUGCUGCUCCCCGCGCACCCCGCUAGCACGCUGGGCCGCGUCCCCGCCGCUUGCGUGGUGAUGCCGCCGCGGUAUGCGACGCUGCCGCUGCCGCCUGCGACGUACGCGCCCGGCCCACUCUACUACCCCGUGCAUGACGCUCGCGUGCGCCGUCGUCGAUCGCCGCGCGCGACCACGGAGCGGCGUCGUCGCGAGGGCCGCGAGCGGGAGUCGCAGCUGGCGCGCUCGCUGGAGAGGAUCCACCGCAAGCGCCGCGCCGACCGCGAACACCUCACCGAUGCUGACCUCAAGAGGACGUAUACGGGUCUUGAUAGAGCAUACGCGGAGCAGUUCAUAGCAGUAUGCGACUCAAGCCGGCACGCGGCGGAGCAGCACGACUCGCUGGCCAGCACGUCGGCCACCAGCGACUCCAGCCACUCGCAGCCGGAGCUCGCCUAGCACAGCUUACAUACGUUUUACUUGUAAAAUGUAUGACAACUAACAUUCAGCCCACAGCGAUUACAGGCUAAGCUCGCGCGUCCACUCACUGAACAUAUUCAGUGUCUAAAAUUGACAAAACUAUCUUUGAACAGAACUAUCCUUAAAUGUGUAAAAUGAGUGGUCGCGCAAGUGAGCCUUAAUCUACAUGAUAUUGACAGGUUUUAUAAAUAAAAUAGCGUCAAAUAGCGAUCAUGUACGUAACAAACGAAUGUUUAGUAUUUAGUCAGUAAGAUGUUAAAAUACUCUUCGUUGUAAGUCAACUAACUGUCUAAGCAUAUCAUACCAAACUUAACAAUAUAGCUUUAUAAGGUCGCAAUACGUUAUCGUAAUUUGUAAAUAUUUCCACUAACUUAAUGUUAACAUACAUUAACUGCACGAAUCAUAAUUGGAACAUUUAUCAUAAUUGACAUAUUUCGCUCAUGAUGUGUCUAUUUAUAUCACUGCGUUAUUAUUUUAAUUGCAACAUUGUGUUACUAUUCGAUUGUACUAUUUGGCCUAUAGUUUUAUAUUUGAGUACUCCAAUUUUCCUUUAAACCCUAGAAACCGUCCAUAAAAAUUAAGUUUUCACUCCACUUUAUGUUGUUGUUAGGGCUGAUUUUUCAAUCAUCAGUUAACCUCUAUCUGAAGAAUAAAUAUGGCGGUUUGACAUAUUUCCCAUACAAAAGCUGUCAAAACGUUAAAAAUAUUCCUCUGAUAAAAGUUAUCUGGCGAUUGAAAAAUCAGCCCUUAGAGAAAUACACCAUAUUGUGUACCAAUCAUUUAAUUCAUUUAAAUCAUUAAAGUUUAGCAAUUCAUUCAUCAUUUUGAAUUAGGGAUACGGCAACAAAUGGGCCAGUCUUUAUAGACAUUAAAAUUAGUUAUUUGUACACUUUACUAAUACGUAACAAUCACUAACUUAUGACAAUUUGUAAACUUGUACGUAUCGUCAAAUAUCUGUGUUAUAUACUAAUUUAAGUCUUAUUUAUCUAGUUUUUAUAACAGUCUCUAUUUGCGAAGAUAUUUUCUAUGACAUCUUUAAUGAAAAUUGGUAACAAUUGUGAAAGUUAAAGUUAUCAUAAAAAAUACUUUACACAACUUUAUAUAAAAAUUAUAACAAUUUAGUUCAUAUUCUUAGAUUAUAAUGUCAAGUAGGUACACGUGUGUAUAUAUAAAAGGAAAGUCAUAUGUACCUAAACGGUGCCAAAUUGCGAACCUAUUGGUGUAAAUAUAUGCUUCUAAAUUGUUGCUCAAUUUGUUCUUAUACAAUUGUUGAAAUUAUUUAUUAGGAUUAUUAUUUCGCUUAGCUAUUUAAAAUGCUGUUUUGUAUCUUAUUAGAACUUAUCGUAUUUUAGCGUAGUUUUUAUACGGUUAAUUUUCUCUGUAUAUCUAAGGCUGACAUACGUUUCAUUUGGUUUACGCCUAAGCCUUAAAGUUAGCCAAAAUGUAUCGUGUGUCCCGGUUUCCAAACUAUACGUA